UCAAUGCAAGAGAAUUAAGAUUAGAUGGAGACAAUGGCAAAGAGUAAUAGUAGUAAUAGUGUAGAUGGUUAUAAUGGGAAGAAGGAAAAGUGUGAGAGGUUUAAGAUGCCAUUGCACUAUCCAAGGUACAGCAAGGAAGAGUAUGAGAACAUGCCGGAAUGGAGGUUGGACUGUUUGUUAGCUCAGUAUGGUUUGCCGGCCUCCGGUGGCGUCGCCGAGAAGAGGACAUUUGCCAUGGGGGCCUUCCUUUGGACUACUACUGCUACAAUUGCUACUCAUUACUAGUGAAUUGAGAGGUUUUGUUGCUGUGAAGAAGAAGAGGUUGAACUUAAUUAUGACUUGCAUGCCUGAAUCAGAGAGAAGUUAAUUAAUUGUUGGUUAUUAUUUUGAGUUUAUGUGACUUUGUUUUGUGGUAUUGUUUGAGUGUUUGAAAUAUUUAUGUUUUGGUGUUUUAUGUAAGGGCCUAGAGUUUGUCUUAUUAUAAAUG